GUCUGUGGGGACACGUGGGACAUGGGCGAUGGAGGGGCAGGGACCACUCUCUGUUGUGGUCAGUAGCCAAUUUUAUUGAGGACACAAAGGGUUUAUAUGGGGUAUACUUGUAUGAUUCUUGGGGGAAUCUCUGUGGGGGAGACAGGGAGGGACAUAGGGGGAUAUGGGGAUUCUGGGGACAUUGGGAGAUGGAGAGGUCACAAGGGACAUGGGGACAUGGUUGAUGGGGAUCCCCUGCCACUCCCACAGGCCUGGAUACAUGAAGGUCGGCCCCAUCCUCCUCCUCCUCCUCCUCAGCCACACAGAGGUGUGGGGACCCCUGAGGAUAUCGGGGACCCCUGUGAGACCUCUGGGUGGGGUCCUAUACCCAUUUGGACCUGGAGUGGGGGAUGAGGCCACCCAGCACGAGGACGACGGGACGAGCCCUGAGAUCUUCCUGCAGGAAAACUUCUCCUUCUUUGGGCGUGCCUACCACUCACUCUAUGUGAACAACAAUGGCGUGGUGUCCUUUGGGACGAUGGUCCCAGAGUUCACCCCCCAGCCCUUCCCACUGCCAGACCACCACCCCUUCGUGGCACCCUACUGGGCUGAUGUGGACACCCGUCUGGGAGGGGACAUCUUCUACCGGCAGAGCCGGGACCCCCGGCUGCUGGCACGCCUGGCCCAGGACCUGGCACCUGCUGUGCCACCUGGGGACCCGGCCCCACAGCCCACCUGGGCAUUCGUGGCCACCUGGGACCGUGUGGCCUAUUUCGGGGCUGCCUCAAACAAGGUGAACACCUUCCAGGCUGUGCUAGCCUCCGACGGCGUCACCUGCUUUGUCUUGCUCAACUACGGGGACUUGCAGUGGACAACUGGCAUCGCCAACCAGGGGGAUCCCCACACUGGCCUGGGGGGCAUCCCUGCACAGGCUGGGUUCCACAGUGGGGACGAUGUCCACUACUACAACAUCCCAGGGUCACGCACGCCCGCAGUGCAGAGCCUCAGCCACCGCAGCAACAUAGGGGUCCCGGGGCGCUGGGCUUUCCGUGUUGACCACUUCGAGGCCACCGAGGGACCCCCCGAGACCCCUGGCACCCUGUCAAAGACCCCUGAGGCCUCCUGGAGUCCCGUGGCCUCCCAAGAGACCCCCUCAGUAUCCCCCAACCCCCCCAGGACCACAGAGGAGCAGGUGUAUAUCUGCAGGUCCUGAGCAGGUGACGCCUGGGACAUUUGGGGUAGGGGGAUUGCCUAGCAGCUCUCACCCCACCCCCAGUAUGUGGCACUAUGAAGGCUGCAUUUUGAUGGAAACAGCAAUAAA